GGGGUGGGACGACCCAGACUUAGACAGACCGAGUCAGUGUGCUAGGUCGGCGCUCGAGGCCAGCCCGCAGGAGCAGCUCGGAGAUGCGGGCCGCAAGAAUAGCCCCGGGCGUGGGGCGGCAGCUGCUCAGCUUACGACCCAGCGCACUCUUGGGGCAGCCUGGGGCCGGCCCUGCGCAGCGACCCUAUGCCAAUGGGGCCGCUCAGGCGGUUCUGGACAAACCCGAGGCCGGAGUCUCCACCGAUGCUUCCGCCGGGGAGAAGCCGGCGAAGGCGGAAUCCAAGUCCUUUGCUGUGGGUAUGUUUAAAGGCCAGCUCACCACCGAUCAGGUGUUUCCAUACCCGGCCGUGCUCAACGAGGAGCAGACACAGUUUCUCAAAGAGUUGGUGGGGCCCGUGACCCGCUUCUUCGAGGAGGUGAAUGAUCCUGCCAAGAAUGACAUGAUGGAGAAGGUGGAGGAGAACACUAUGCAGGGCCUCAAGGAUCUGGGCGCCUUUGGUCUUCAAGUGCCCAGUGAACUGGGCGGUGUAGGCCUUUGCAACACCCAGUACGCCCGCCUGGUGGAGAUAGUGGGAAUGCACGACCUUGGUGUGGGCAUCACCCUGGGGGCCCAUCAGAGCAUCGGUUUCAAAGGCAUCCUGCUCUUUGGCACAAAGGCCCAGAAAGAAAAAUACCUCCCCAAAUUGGCAUCUGGGGAGAUUCUGGCUGCUUUUUGUCUAACUGAGCCUGCCAGUGGGUCGGAUGCAGCCUCAAUUCGAACCUCGGCUGUGCCCAGCCCCUGUGGAAAAUACUAUACGCUCAAUGGAAGCAAGAUUUGGAUCAGUAACGGUGGCCUGGCAGAAAUCUUCACAGUCUUUGCCAAGACACCAGUUACUGAUGCCAGUGGAGCUGUGAAGGAGAAGAUAACGGCUUUUGUGGUGGAGAGGAGCUUUGGAGGUGUUACCCAUGGGGCCCCUGAGAAGAAGAUGGGCAUCAAGGCCUCCAACACAGCCGAGGUGUAUUUUGAUGGAGUACGGGUGCCGGCAGAAAAUGUGCUGGGCGAGGUGGGGAGCGGCUUCAAGGUUGCCAUGCACAUUCUCAACAAUGGAAGGUUCGGAAUGGCAGCAGCCCUAGCGGGCACCAUGAAGGGCAUCAUCGCUAAGGCGGUGGAUCAUGCUGCAAAUCGUACCCAGUUUGGGGAGAAAAUUCACAACUUCGGGCUGAUUCAGGAAAAGCUGGCCCGGAUGGCUAUGCUGCAAUAUGUGACUGAGUCCAUGGCUUACAUGGUGAGUGCCAACAUGGACCAAGGAUCCACAGACUUCCAGAUCGAGGCAGCCAUCAGCAAAAUCUUUGGCUCGGAGGCAGCCUGGAAGGUGACAGAUGAGUGCAUUCAAAUCAUGGGGGGCAUGGGCUUCAUGAAGGAGCCCGGGGUAGAGCGAGUGCUCAGAGAUCUUCGUAUUUUCCGGAUUUUUGAGGGGACAAAUGACAUUCUUCGGCUGUUUGUGGCUCUGCAGGGCUGUAUGGACAAAGGAAAGGAACUCUCUGGGAUUGGCAGUGCACUUAAGAAUCCUUUUGGGAAUGCCGGCCUCCUGCUGGGAGAGGCAGGCAAACAGCUGAGAAGGCGGGCAGGGCUGGGCAGUGGCCUGAGUCUCAGUGGAGUUGUCCACAAGGACUUGAGUCGAAGUGGUGAGCUGGCAGUUCAGGCUUUGGAGCAGUUUGCUACCGUGGUAGAGGCCAAGCUGAUAAAACACAAAAAAGGGAUUGUCAAUGAGCAGUUUCUGCUGCAGCGUCUGGCAGACAGUGCCAUCGACCUCUAUGCCAUGGUGGUGGUUCUUUCCAGGGCCUCGAGAUCUCUGAGUGAAGGCCACCCCACAGCCCAGCAUGAAAAAAUGCUGUGUGACAGCUGGUGUAUUGAGGCAGCCGCCCGCAUCCGGGAGAACAUGGCCGCGCUGCAGUCAGAUCCUCAGCAGCAGGAGCUCUUCCGGAACUUUAAAAGCAUCUCCAACGCCUUGGUGGAGCAGGGGGGUGUGGUCACCAACAACCCCCUUGGCUUCUGAAGGUUCCUAGCCAGUUCUUUCUCAGAAUGUGCCUUUACUCAAGCCAAAGCCAAGGCCUUUUUCCUGGGGGCCCAGCUUGUGCCUUGAAAAUUUCGGGGCCUGCCCCACAGGAAGUGCUGAUCACCACCUUACAAAUAAAGUUGCUAAUACAUCA